AUGGCCGCGUCCAGGGAGGCCCUGCAUCACGCGGAUGCGGAGAAGGAGACUACUCCCCUCGCCCCACUCCCCGCCGCCGCCGUGGAGAGGGCGGUGGUCCGCGCCCGCAAGAAGGAGUAUAUGGAGAGUUUGAAGCGCAUCAUUAAAAGAGUCCCACCCGCGCUGUUCCCGUGGUGGCGGCGGCUCCCAUUCCUCGGGCCGGAUCGCAACUCCAUCCCCGUCGGCCAGCCCCUGGACGAUGAACAGAUCGAGAUGCUUCGCAAGUAA